CAUUGAUUCGUGUGUGUCGCAAGACUUUGCCAGUUGCAGUUGCAGUGUGGCUUCAAAAUCAAACUAAAGAGAGAGAGAGAGAGAGAGAUAGCGAGACCCUGAAAACUGAAACUGAAUCUAAAGUGCAGCCAGCAAGCAAAGCAAGCAACAAAAAACUCUAAGCUCAAAGCUGGUUUGACUCGAUUCGACGGACGAGCCUCCUCCGAGCUCCGACUUGCUGCUCCACUUUCUGCGGCUCUGUCGACUCUGUCGCUGACUUUGGCUCUGACUCUGGCCCCGCAGCCGAUAAAGGCAAUAAACAAAAGACAACAAACAGCCCACAGACGUACGAAUCGAGAGAGUUGCUAUCGCUUUUGCCUGCAAACUGGUUACAGGCCUGCCAGCAGCUUCAAGUUGCAACCUGAUGGACUACGCUGUGGAUUUUUACGCGGAUAUGGGACAAAUCGCACGAGAUGUAAGUACACAGCAGCCACCACAGACUUUGAUAUGGAUGAUCUCGAUGAUUUGGAUCAAGUGACGCAGGUGAUCGGCUAUCAUCCACAUUUUCACGAUCACUUUCUGCGCACCCAGAACUUCAUAAUGAAGGGCGACGGACCGCUGCCCAAUGACUACAGAUACUAUCUGGCCAUAAUUGCUGCUGCUCGACAUCAGUGUCCGUAUUUGGUGAAGCGCUACGAGAAGGAGUUUAUCAAUCAGGGCGGCAGCAGCGAUUGGCUGCGCGGACUGAACCAUAUACCCGCCAAACUACGUGCCAUAUACGAUAUCAAUAAAAUAUUAGCCCAUCGCCCCUGGCUGUUGCGCAAGGAGCAUAUUGAGCUUUUGACAAAGGGCAAAAAUAGCUGGUCCCUGUCGGAGGUGGUGCACGCAAUGGUCCUGCUAUCACAUUUCCAUUCUUUAUCUUCAUUUGUGUUCUCCUGCGGCCUCACACAAAAGCUGGAUGGCUUGUCUAGUCCGAAAUUGAAGAGUGCUCCUGCUGCUCUGGUGGGUGCAACAGCAAUAACAGGAGAAGCAGCAGCAGCAGCAGCAGGUGCACCAGUGCCGGUGUCGGUUGUGCGCCAAACCACAACAACUCCCAUUCAUCAGAAAACAGUUCUGGGUGAGAUAUCGCUGAACAACGGGAGCAGCGGCGUUGGCGGCACAAAGCCGGAUUACAAUACCCAAAACGCAGCAAGAAACAAUGGAAAUGCAGCCACAACAGCACCUGGUGAUGGCUCUGCUGCGAAUGCGGGUGCUGCUGCUGCUGCUGUUGGGGCAGGGGCAGCGGCUCUCAACGGAUAUUUGGCAACGGCACAGCAGCUGCCACAGCAGCAUGGCAUCAGUGUGGAGGCUCUGAUGGAGCGCAUGAAGGUGCUCUCCCAGAACCAGGACGAGUGCAGCGAGGCAGAGCUGAGCAGCCGAUUCAAGAAUGUCGAAAUGCAAACAGCUGAGCUGGCUCCAGCUGUGACGCCAGAGGCAGCAGUGGCACUGCCACCGAACAUCUCGCACUACGUGGACGAUGCGAACUUUAUUUACCAGGACUUUGCGCGUCGCGGUGCAGAGAAUGUGAAUACGUUUCGCAUACAGGAUUACUCGUGGGAGGAUCACGGCUACUCGCUGGUGGAUGGGCUGUACAACGAUGUGGGCACCUAUUUGGAUGCGAAAUUUCGCUCGGCCUACAAUCUCACGUACUGCACGAUGGGCGGCAUCAAGAAUGUGGACACGUCCAAGUUUCGGCGUGCCAUUUGGAAUUAUAUACAGUGCAUCUAUGGCAUACGACACGAUGAUUACGACUACGGGGAGGUGAAUCAGCUACUUGUGCGUCCGCUGAAAAUGUUUAUUAAGACCGCCUGUUGCUUUCCCGAGCGUAUUACCACCAAGGAUUAUGAUAGUGUGCUUGUCGAGCUGCAGGACAGUGAAAAGGUUCAUGUUAAUCUGAUGAUAAUGGAAGCCCGUAAUCAGGCCGAGUUACUCUAUGCUCUGCGCGAGAUAAUGCGCUAUAUGACUUGAUCUCAUUAAGUGAAUAAAACUCUACAUCUACAAUAUACGUAAACCACACCAACACAAACACACACACAAAACACACACACAAAACACCCACACAUGCACAGGCAAACAUGAAACAUUUUGUUAUUUUUGAAAGUGCUACAGAAACGCAGCGAAGGGAAGAGGCAACAGAAGCAGCAACAAGGAACAAUGAUUUGUGCAAUAAAAAAUCAAAAAUCAAAAAUCAAUUAUACACUCUGCUACAUAAUACGUAUUCCAAUAUAGAAAUCAAAACUG